AUGGAACGUCUGCUUCCGGUUCAGGAGCUGAUCCCACCUGGCCUGCCCGACGUCGUCUAUCCCACCGCAUCCAACCAUACCCACCAAGACGAGAGGCAGGCGAAUGGAUACUGGGUGGCGGGGGAUUACGUUUAUCAGGGUGGUGGUGGAGGCGGACCCGACAUGGAUCCUUCUUUGAGCUCGACCUGGGCCCAUUCGCACUCUCACUCCAUCCCUCAUAAUAAUAUGAAUACGGCAUCGGAUUCCCACUCCCACUCGUACUUCUCGCACCCCCAUCCUCACCUCCAAUCGCUCGACGAACAGCACGGUGCUUGGUCUGCACCCCAUAGUCUGAAUCAGAUGGACGACGGCAACGGAUACGCGUCGAUGGAUGUCGGUUACGACGAUCAGGACCAGACGGGAUACGCAUAUAACGCUAUCGAUUAUUCGAACACAGAUCCCCAGCUCUACUACGCCCAAUUCCACUCUCCCACCUCGCACUCGCACUCUCAGUCCCAUCACUCGGUCUACCAUGAUCAUACCGCAGGAGAUUAUACCCAAUCACAGCCCCAGUCCCAAUCGCAGUCGCCCGCCUUGAACUUGCGCACGGACCCGAACUUUAGCGCCGUCCCCUCCCCCGUCGUCUCGCCUCAGCAAUAUUACACCCAGACUCAGUCGCCGUACCCUCAACCACAACCACAACAGCAGGAGGGUCAGCAGGGAUGGUACACGAAUUCGCUCUCCAUGGGCAUGGGUGUGCCCGUGGAUUAUUCGGCAUAUACGCAUAACGUCCCGAAAUUGGAGGAUUUUACUAUGCGGGAGCCGGUGGCGAUGGCGGAGGCGGUCGCAGAGGGAUACUAUCCUCCACAGUCGCAGUCGGCGUCGCCUGAGUCUCCGCAUUCCGAUCAUGGUCAUCAACAGCCGUCGUUCUACGACCCCGUCCCCUCCUCCGUCGCCUCCACUGACGCCACCUCCACUGACGCAUCCUCUACCAGUCCUAACUCCUCGGUCCUUGCUGUCCAGGAUGGCGCGGGCGAUAUAUCAUCUUAUUUCGCAUCAGUGAACACACAAUCGCGCGCUCAACCCCUCCCACUACCACUACUCGCCACUCUGGCGUCUCCUCCUUCGUUCCAGGGCGAUAUCCAAGGUCAUUCGCACUACGCCGCGCACACGCAUCCCGGGGCGAUGCCGCAGAUGUACACUACCCAACCACAACAGCCGCACUCGAAUAUGGCCUCGAACACGACGACGACGACCACGACCACGUCCCGACCUAUCAUCCUCUCGCCAUCCUCAGAAUUGAGUGGCGCAUUGGACGAGAGUGCGAUUCGGUCCGGGAGUCGGAGUGGAGGUGGGGGUGGGGGCGGGGGUGCGACUAGGAGCAGGACCAGGACUAGGACCAGGACCAGGACCAGGACCGGUGUUGGGGAGGGGAACGGCCCCGGAUGUGAGUUCGAAGGCUACGGCGGCGGUGACGACGAGUUCAGCUGCGAGCUCCAUCGGUACCACGCUGUUCACGACUUUACCACUUGA